AUAUCUUAUUGUAACGUAAUUAAUUUAAAAGUUUCAUUGUUACGUGUAUUUCCAAAAUUUAUAUUUACACGCAAUCAAAGCACCAUCAAACAUCAUCGCUAAAGCAAUUACGAAAGUAUUAUGCUGUGUCUAUUUCUUAUAAGCGUAUGUGAAUUUGACAGUGUUAGACACAUAGUUGAACGUAAUUGCAAUAAAACAUAUAUCAUAAUGUUGAAUUGAAACUUGUCGAUUGAACAGCUGUGUUAUUUAAGGAAGUAUAUUAGUGUAUUAUAAUAAAAGCAUUUGUUUUAUUUAAGUUUUAGUAAAAAUCAGACAAUAUGGAGGUUGAUGAAAACAAUGCAUCAGCUCCAACGGAUACACCAAUGGAAGUUGAUCAUGAUGCCGCUGGAAAACAUACUACUUCAUCAAUUAAUCCUCCAAGUGCUAUUAAAGUAAUGGCAUCUUCUGGUACAGUAGGCUCUGUUUCUAUUAGUCUUCAUCCGCUUGUUAUAAUGAAUGUUAGCGAACAUUGGACUAGACGUCGGGCUCAAGAAGGAACGGAUCAGUUAGUGUACGGAGCAUUGAUUGGUAAACAAAAAGGUCGUAAUAUAGAGAUCAUGAAUUCCUUUGAAUUAGUGUUUACAUGCAUUGGAGAUGAUGUCAUAAUAUAUAGAGAUUAUUAUAAUACAAAGGAAGAACAAUUUAAACAAGUUUUUACUGAUAUGGACUUCUUAGGAUGGUAUACUACAGGAGAUAUGCCUAAUGAAAAGGAUAUUAAAGUACACAAGCAGCUUUGUGAAAUAAAUGAGAGUCCUGUAUUAUUAAAACUUGACCCAAGACCAAAAAAUACCGAUCAACUUUCUGUAUCCAUGUAUGAAUCAGUGAUCGAUUUGGUUAACGGAGAAGCUACAAUGUUGUUUGUUCCAUUAACUUAUACAUUGGCUACAGAAGAAGCAGAAAGAAUCGGACUUGAUCAUGUUGCAAGAAUGUGUACUAAUGACGAAGAAGAAAGUUCAUUAGUGGCUGAACAUCUCACUGCACAGCACAGUGCUAUAAAAAUGUUAUACUCAAGAGUAAAUUUAGUUUUAAGAUACGUACGUGCAGUACAGAGUGGUGAACUAAAAGGGAAUCAUGAAGUGUUGAGAGCAGCUUGUUCUUUGGGUCAUAGAUUGCCAGUUUUAAAUAAUCCCAAAUUCAAAGCUGACUUUUAUAAUCAAUGCAAUGACUUUGGUUUGAUGACUUAUCUCGGAAUUAUAACGAAAGGCUGCAAUAAUAUUAAUCAAUUUGUUAACAGAUUCAAUAUUUUGUAUGAUAGACAAGGUGUCGGUCGUCGUUUACGUAGUCUUUUCUUGUGAUAAGUAAAAUGAAACUCAUUUUUAUAAUAAUCAUCCUUUUUUUACUCCAUACGUUAUAUCGAAUAUCUUUUCAAUCUUGAAACAUUCGAAAAAAGCAAAUUAACUGGUGAGUAAUUCUAAAGUUACAAUAGAUACUGUACGCCUUACAGAAUAAAGUUGGGACUAAAAUACA